AUGGCCAGUUCGAGAAGACCCUUCACGAUUAAGGUCCCCUGCUCCUCUGCAAACAUAGGACCUGGCUUUGAUGUCGUCGGACUUGCACUAUCUAUCUAUCUUACACUUACCGUCACAUUCACGGAUGAACAUCCAGACGCCGAGCACAAUUGUACGAUCACAUAUGAAGGCGACGGCGCCGACGAGGUACCAUUAAAACCAGACCAUAAUUUGAUCACACGGACAGCAUUGUAUGUUCUCAAAUGCCACGAUAUCCGCGACUUCCCAGCCGGUACGCAUGUCCAUAUCAAGAAUGACAUUCCGUUGGGUAGAGGACUAGGUUCCUCAGGCGCUGCGGUGGUCGCUGGUGUAUUGCUUGGAAGCACCGUUGGAGAUCUCGGUUUGUCGAAGGAUAGGAUGAUGGAUUAUACUCUUAUGAUUGAACGACACCCGGAUAACGUCACUGCUACGAUGAUGGGCGGGUUCGUUGGGUCGUAUUUGAGGGAGUUGGACCCUAAGGACACGGAGAGGAAGGAGAUCCCAUUGAGCGAAGUUCUCCCCGAGCCCGCUGGUGGCCUGGAUACAGGUCUGAGGCCGCCAGAACCACCACUGGGGAUUGGUCACCAUAUCAGGUUUGGAUGGGCGCCGGAGAUCAAAGCCAUUGCUAUCAUUCCAGAUUUUGAGGUUGCGACUGCGACUGCUCGAGGAGUAUUGCCAACAGAAUACUCAAAGAAAGAUUUGAUAUUCAAUCUACAAAGACUAGCAGUUCUUACAACAGCAUUGACUCGAUCGCCACCAGACCCAGAGCUUAUCUACCAGGCAAUGCAGGACAAGGUUCACCAACCGUACAGAAAGACACUAAUCCCCGCUUUACCCGAAAUUCUCACUUCGAUGACCCCUCAAUCCCACCACGGCCUUCUUGGAAUAUGUCUCUCCGGCGCCGGCCCCACUAUCUUGGCUUUAGCAACUGAGAAUUUCGAGAGAAUAGCUGAGGAGAUAUUGGCACGAUUUGCUAAGGAAGGUAUUCACUGUAUCUGGAAGGUCCUGGAGCCAGUUCAAGAAGGGGCUCAAGUGACUGAAUUGUGA